UGCCUACACUCUUUGCCCUAGGGACUGUCCCCAGGGCCAACCCGGAGUGGACACUGCUGGCCUUCAGCGCCUAAUUUAAUUCUUACUGCAAGGAGUCGGAGUGGGGGUUUGGUUUGCACAGCCUUCUCUUGAAGUCCUGUAAACCAAAGCUAGAGAACUUGAAGUAAACCUCCAAGAAAAUCACCACACUGGCCCAUGCUUGUCUGUUGCUUCAUGAGUCACUCAGAAAGAUCACCAGAACAAGUUUGUUCUAGCCAUCCUGAUUUGAUGGAUCUACCAUUGGAAAUUCCAGACUUUGAAAUGAUUAUGGAUGGGAGCAGUUUGAUGGAUCAAGGACAGCAAAGAGCUGGAUGCAAAGGUGACCCAUCAGCUAUUGUCCAAUGCUGAGGACCCUCCAAAUUGUUUGAUUCCUCAAGGGAAUAAUCAACCAGACCUUUAUGAAGGGUCUUACAUAAGCUCGUAACCCUUAUGAAGACCACAAAACACUUUAUAAUGGCUUCGGUACUACAUCUAGACUUAAUUAAAUACUAGCCCCAAUAUUCCCUGAAGAGCCUCAGAAGAACUAAAGAAUGGGGAUUUGGAUACCCUACUGGCACUAAAACCAGCUGGAAAUAUAAUGAAUCCUUAUCCCGGAACAUCUUACACAAGAAACGGUUGGUUCACCAUAUUCAACAAAGCACCUAUUAUGGGUGAAAUAUAUUCUUCAGUGGAUCCAGAAGUAUUUGGUGGGGCCCAAUCAUCAGAUAACUAUUCAAAAGUACUCUUCCAAUAUUCCAUACGUGACAAGAACUUUGGAUGUAUCCACCUGCUGGAGCUGGCUCCCCAGUGUGUGCCGAUCUACUAGAACUCUCUGUGGCCUGCCAUCAAUAUGCCUGAGCAAUCUGGCUGUCAAGAAGCACAGAAUAAAAAUUUGGCUCACCUCCAGCUUAUGCACAAGACCUCAAGUAACGAAACUACUACCGGAGAAAACAGGAUACAUUCGACAUGUAUUAAGCGCCAACUAAGAGUGGAGAACUGUGCUAGAAGACCCGGUGGUUCAGCCAAGGUGAAAAGGACGCAGCCCCCACCUCGCAGGAGUUCAGGACAGUUUGUGAUUGGCACAAUGGAAGAAGCUGGAAUGUGUGGGUUAGGGGUGAAGGCAGAUAUGUUACACAACUCUCAAUCAAAUGAUAUUCUUCAACAUCAAGACUCAAAUUGUGGUGGCACAAGUAACAAGCAUUCAUUGGAAGAGGAUGAAGGCAGUGAUUUUAUUACAAAGAACAGGAGUUUGAUGAGCCCAGCAUACUGCAUGCAAGAGUCCAGAGAGGAAAUUCCUGGGCGAGAAGCUCGAAUAGAUCCUCCUGAUGGUCAGCAGGAUUCAGACUGCAGCGGGAGCAAAGAGAAGACUUUAGGCAAAGAAGUUUUAUUAUUGAUGCAAGCCCUAAACACCCUUUCAACUCCAGAAGAGAAGCUGGCAGCUCUCUGUAAGAAAUAUGCUGAUCUUCUGGAGGAAAGCAGGAAUGUUCAGAAGCAAAUGAAGAUUCUGCAGAAGAAACAAGCCCAAAUUGUGAAAGAGAAAGUCCACUUGCAGAGUGAGCACAGCAAGGCUAUCUUGGCAAGAAGCAAACUAGAGUCUCUUUGCCGGGAACUGCAGCGUCACAAUAAGACAUUAAAGGAAGAAAAUAUGCAGCAGGCACGAGAGGAGGAAGAAAGACGUAAAGAAGCCACCGCACACUUCCAGAUCACUUUAAAUGAAAUCCAGGCGCAGCUGGAGCAGCAUGACAUACACAACGCCAAGCUCCGCCAGGAAAACAUUGAGCUGGGAGAGAAGCUGAAGAAGCUCAUUGAACAGUACGCCCUGAGGGAGGAGCAUAUUGAUAAAGUGUUCAAACAUAAGGAAUUACAACAACAGCUUGUGGAUGCCAAGCUUCAGCAGACGACACAGCUAAUAAAAGAAGCUGAUGAAAAACAUCAAAGAGAGAGAGAGUUUUUAUUAAAAGAAGCAACAGAAUCGAGGCACAAAUAUGAACAAAUGAAACAGCAAGAAGUACAACUAAAACAGCAGCUUUCUCUUUAUAUGGAUAAGUUUGAAGAAUUCCAGACUACGAUGGCAAAAAGCAAUGAAUUGUUUACAACCUUCCGGCAGGAAAUGGAAAAGAUGACAAAGAAAAUUAAAAAACUGGAAAAAGAAACAAUAAUAUGGCGUACCAAAUGGGAAAACAAUAACAAAGCGCUUCUGCAAAUGGCUGAGGAGAAAACUGUCCGUGAUAAAGAGUACAAGGCCUUCCAGAUCAAACUGGACCGGUUAGAGAAGCUGUGCCGGGCGCUCCAAACGGAGCGGAACGAGCUCAACGAGAGGGUGGAGGUCUUGAAGGAGCAGGUCUCCGGGAGAGCUGCGGGCGAGGAUCUAGCGCUGCCCGCCACGCAGCCCUGCCCUGGCCCGGAGGCCCCCAAGGAGCUGAACACUGCUUCUAGAAGCGCCCCGGGGGGCCCCCUGGACGCCGCCCCCAGGCCUGCGAAGGAGAAACCAGCCAGGUCUGCAGGUGCCGCGCCGGGCAUCGAGUCCGUGGACUGAAAGGAAGUAUGAUCACUGUAUCGAGAGCUCUAUUUUGUGUAUAACUUUCUGUUAGUAGUAACUAUUGGUUUUGUGGUGAAAAUUUUCUUACUUUUUCUACCAUAUCUGUAUUUUCUUAGAACUACUGGACUUACGUGGUACAGGAGGCUGCUUAGCAGUUUUGAAUAGUUUUCCUCUAUACAUUUUCCUCAGCCGUGUUGCACAUCUGCCUCAUUUCCCUUCAAUGGAAUGCAUGUGACCAUCACCUUGUCCUAUUUUCCCUGUUCCUUGGACAGAAUUACUCAAAUUUCACUCAAGAUAGGGCCGAUCACCACAAGGGAACUUUGUUCUGAUAAUGGUUCCCUGAUGUGAACACAAUAUUGAUUCAAACAUCCCGCCCCUCCAUUAAUACAACUAAAAAAAAAAAAAAAAAAAUCAAGAUGAUUUAGUUUUAUCUAAUAGCCCACUUUAAUGCCAAGUAAAAAUAAACUAGGGUUGGGUCAGAAAUAAGCAUAGCAUCUUUGAUUCAAAUUAGCUUUUUGAUAAUAUUUAUAUCAAAUUGACAUGGCUGCAAGUCUCAAAUACUCCGUUUUGGCAGAUGUACAUAAAGGUGUCACUUUUACAGUAGUAGAUAUAGACAAAUCAUUGGACAAACAAAACAGGCUUAAUGUUUGUGACUAAGAACAAUCCUACUGCUUUGGUUUCAGGUUAGGACUAGAAUCCAUGUUUGAGCUUGGACCACCUAGAUGUUCACUCUGGAGUAUGGCGGCUUGUUUGCUUCCAGUUCGGGAUUUGGGUACCCAUCCUCCCCUUCCCGCAGAAGGCAGCCAUUGGUAGUUGUCAUUUUAAGACAAUGAGGGUUAAGUUCAUGUCUAGCUUUCAUCAAGCAGAAGGCCCUCCGCUACCCUGCUGCCCUUCUAGCUACUUGAAAUUGGGUGUUCAACCGUUUGCGAAUCCGCCAGCGAAGUUCUCCAGAUAUUUUAAAAGGUAAUUUGAAUUGUGGAUCAUGCUGAAAUGGGUUUUAUUUAUAAAACAGAAAGACUGGAACCCACACUUUUAACUUAACUGUGGGAAGACUUGGUAGAGAGUUUUUAGUAGUCAAGAUCGAUGAUGCUUUUGGUCUGGUUCUCACCCCUUUUCUUAAUUACUGUCUUGUAAGAAAAGAGCCAGUAGUAGGAUCAAGGUCUCUAUACUCGGACUGGGGGAACUUUCCAUAUGAAGCACGUUACUUCUCAAUUAGUUUUCUUUGUUCUUAAGGAUGUUGAAUAUGGCUGAGAUAUGCAAAAAAGUCAGGUUAUACCAUGCAAGCUUGAACUUUAUCCGUGAUAAAAUUUGCAUUGAAAUAAUUUAUGAAAUAGGCUCUACUAGAAUUGAUAUUACCACAUUCCACAGAGCAAAACUAUCAAACUGACACUGAAAUUGCUCAGUGGACUGAAUCAAAGUCCACUCUGUCCAGUUAAAAGGGUUUUCUCUUUAAAAGUGUCUUUGUAAAGUCCUGUCAUAAUCAUGGUCUAAAGUGGGUUGAAUGAAUUGAAAGUUAUCUCCUAGAAGCUUCCGCCGCCAUUGGUCACAGGAAUCAAGGGGCCAGAGAGUGGAGGGAAAGAAAACCAGAGCCGGUUUUCUCACGACGGUCAAAAAUGAGUCGGAAGCUAAAAACAAAUAUCCCCUCCUCCGACGGCCUCGUAUAAAUACUCCUUUCUGCUACUAGAUGAAAUGUUGGACUCCUUUCCCCUAGAGGAAUGAAGGUAUUUAUCAGAAAUAUAACCUACUUUACAAUUAGUACUAAUGAUCCCAUUUCACAAGAACUCCGCUGGAUGUACAGCUCUUACUGCUGAAGCCAUUCGUGUAGCCCACCACGUUUCUUUGUGGUGCUUGUCCUAUGUGGAAGAUGUCAUUCUUGGGACGUGUUGCCUAUUCUCAAGGGCUUUCUAAAGCGAUGUGAUUAACAGUCCUUGGCCUGCUGCUUUCGGCUUUGACUAUGUAUCUGUAGCUAGAUGCGAUCAUGGUAUUUAAAGGUCGACUCUGUCGGGGACGCAUGAGGGGUCCUUGCGCAAUCCUUCCCCCAUCACCCUGUGAAUACGAACAGGCCCCUCUGCAGACCCCCUCCUAAAGCGAUCACCUCGCCAGCCCAGUGUUGUGGCUUUGUAGCACGCCUUGUGUCCACCGUGUUCUAGAACACUGUCCUGCUGUUCGGCUGGUCCAGAAAAGGUUUAAAUGUCACAUUCACUUCAGCUGCAUCUGUCGCAUCGUCAUGGGAUCUUGCUGUGUGUUACUUGUAGUGGCCAUAGACUCCGAGGAGCAGAGAAUACUUGGGUCUUGGAUCAUGGACCAUUUCACCCUCAGACUUGUUAGGAGUACAUUUCUUGGUCUUGAGACCAGUGUUUUUUAGUUAUGUAUGCAACUGCCUUUAUUACACCUGGUUAUCACAAUCCAAUUCUCAGGUGUUGCAGAAAAAUCUACCUCUUUCAGACUGUAGAUGGAAAUAACUGUGAAAAACAAAAGAUGCAGAGAUCUUCUAGUUUGUGCUAAACACACGGCUUUAUUUUUACAGCCCACGUCUUUCAUGAGGAUACGAAUUGUUCAGAGGCAGUCUUGUUUUGCUUUUCAAAGACAUUUUGUAGAGAUUUUUCACUAAUGUGAAUCUGAUUUUAUCUACGCGAUUCUGUAUAGAUUAAGUAAAUAUGUAUGAUAAAUUUGA